GAACAAUUUUUCCUGUAUUCGAUGAUUUAUCUUCUUGGCUUUAAUUACGUAAUUUUAUUUAUAGGAAAGGGCAUGUUAAAGGCGUUUAGAAAACAAUUUUGAUAAUGAUUAAUAUACGCUGAUAAAAAAGUUACAAUGACAAUAAGAAACAAUUUUUUUUCAUUAUUUAAAAAUAAAUUAAAAUAAAACUUCAAACAAACAACACAGAGCUCCCACACUAGAUUUCAGGCUUUGCAUAGGUUUUAUUACUCUAUGUCUUUCUGAAAUAGACUUUAGCCUGUAUCGUUUUCUAAGAGACGAAAAGUCUGACAGUGGAGGCCGCAGCACGUGCAAAUCUCGAUCAAUACUGCGAUGGCUGACGUCGGCGCAGCGACGGCGACGCCGCGACGCGAUCCGGGACGACGACGGGACCGGGAAACGCGGGUCCUUUGUGGUGGUUCGCGAAAAAAUUGAUAAAAAAAAGGAAAUAUGUGCGAAUUGUGACCGCGUGGUGUACAUCGUGACCCUCGAAGUCUGAAGUAGUAUCUCUGGAGGAUGCGUUAAAGCAGCGCGGGAGCCGGAAGCGCCAGUUUGAGAGAACCACAACCGUCGGACUUUCUCUACGGUAUACCGGACGCCGAGUUCCAUUUCCCGCGAAAAAUAAACCAAGCUCAAGGGUACUCGCGCGUAUCAGAGACACCAGCAGCCAGCUGACUAAUCCUCUAAUUAAUACAGCCUUCGCACUAUCACGUAAACACAACACGAAACACGAAUGUGGAUGUCCGUGGGUCCGCAAGAGGCCGCUCACGAGGCACCGUCGGCACGUGCGAAACACAGCGCCACCCUAAUCGGUGAGAACCUCUACGUCUUGGGGGGACGCAACGGCAACCUGCCCACCAAAGACUUCUGGAAAUACAAUUUAGUUACAGGCAAAUGGAAACAGCUCAAACCCUCCGGCGACAAGCUGCCGAUACUGCAAGAGCACACGGCAGUGCCUCACAAAGACCGCAUUUACGUGUUCGGCGGCGAAGUGGGGUUUUCGGCGGGCACCGAGACGCCCCUGUGGGUCUACGAACUGAAAGGGAACACGUGGAAGAAACUGCGAACGAAAAAAGGCGUCUCGACGCCGAUCGGUAGACGGGGCCACACGUCGCUCGUUUACAACGGAACCAUGCUCAUAUACGGCGGGUACCAAGACCUGCGGGGUUCCUGCGGCGAUCUGUGGGCGUUCCAUUUCGAAACCGAGUCCUGGCACCUGCUUUGGUCUCCGCCCGCAAAAUCAGCCGAUUAUUUUCCUGCGCCGAGGCACAAACAUUCGGCGGUCAUUCACGACGAAUCGAUGUGGAUCUACGGAGGCAUGACCGAUCUGCAAGAGCGUAACGAUUUCUGGAGGUGGAACAUCCGCGAGAAGACAUGGCACAAUAUCAAGAUCAAAAUCAACCCCGGUCCGCUGCACAGCCACGCCUGUUGCAAAGUGCAUUCCGCCAUGAUCAUUUUCGGCGGCGAGAGGGGUGGGCAGAGCUCGAACGAACUCUGGAAGUACAGUUUCGAUUUGGAAUUUUGGGAGAAGAUUCCGACCGCCGGCCCCCGUCCGCGGCCCCGGUCGGAAUGCGCGAGUUUUGCGGUGUCCGAGCUCCUGCUGCAGACUUCCUGCAAAACCUCCGUCGAGUACAAGUCGGCGAGGGUGCGUCUGAGGACUUGCAGCUCCGCCGACAGGGGCAACAGGCACUCCUCUUACCUGCCCAACAACAAGAUCGCUCCCAGCGAGAGGACUUACGUCUUCGAACCGUCCGAAGUCAACUACGUCGACGGAAGUAAUCUCGCGCAGCAGUACUCGGACAACCAGAAGAGCGCCAAGAGUUUCCUGCAGGAGAUCACGAAGCUGUCGCAGCUGAACAUCACGCGCAAGUGCAGCUACACGAUCCUGAACCGAGGUCAAGCGACGGAUAGCACCGAGAGUUUGCUCAGGCAGCACUCCUGCAGCCCCCAGCAGGAGGUAAACGGCGUCGCGACGACGGACGUCGUCGAGUGUCCGACGCUCGUGAGAGGCGCGAGCAUGACCAAGUCGAAGUCCGCCUACGUCAUCGACGACGACUCGAAGGACCAUUGUCGGAAGAAGAAGGUCGAAUUCGACACUACCAUCAGGAAGAUACCUCGCGAUCCGAUCUCCGUGCCGAACUUCAGCGUCUUCAACCUCCCGCCGACCGUUCUCACCCCCGUCGAGGCCUCUAAACUCGUCUACCUCGACGCCGAAGAGGAGAACGAGUACGUCGGUCCCGUCGAGAACCCGCUGCUCUACGUCAACCCGGCAGCGGGAGGCGGGGACAGCUAUAGCUCGCACCUCGCAUACGCCGACGUCUACCACCAGGAGGCGCCGAAAAAAGGGGAGGAGUCGUCUACGUCGGACUACGCGAGUAUCGAGACGGUGAACCGGCUGUCUUCCAACAGCAGCUACAGCGUGGUGCACACUCCCGCGGACGAGAGGGGGAGGACGCAGGAGAGGGAGGGCCCGUUCGGGUUCUGCAACCCGAACUACGUGGACCCUUCGGCGAGGAAGAGGGACGACGCUGAAGAGACGCUCGAGAUGCAGAGCUACGACGGUAUCAUAGACAAGGACACCAGGGUCGUCUACAGGAGCUGCAGGUCCAGCAGGCCGUCCAACUUGCUCCUGGCCGAGAAUAGCGCGACGGACAAGCCGAGAGCGCUGAGCGCGAGCCGUGCGGAGAAGAGGGCAGCGCCCGUAGGCAAGGGGGCGGAGUCGACUGUGCCGCUAUACGUCUACGUCGUGGGCGGCAAGGAGCAGGGCCACGUCACCGUGUUCCAAAGGCCGAUAUCCAUUUGGAAGUUCAAGCUCGUUUGAACGCGUCCAUCAGGUACCUAGUAACAAGCAAAGUGCCAAUUUGUGUAGGUUAUCGCGUAGAGCUAGGUCUAGUACGCGGGCUCAGCUAAGGAGGAGUGACGUGGAUCUGUUGGGGCUCCCUAUACCGGCGUAGGGUACAAGCGGCGGUUUUAUUUUCUUCGUCUUCUUGAACUGCGGCGAGCGUUGAGGUAAAUGUCCCACCUCAGCGAUACCACGAGGAAAUGUUUACCAAAAUUAAUUUCUUAAGCUUCGCUUUUCACUUUCAAUUAAUUAAUUAAUUCAGAAGCGAAAUUAAAACUAGGCAGAUGUACGGGGGUGUCCGGAAAUGACGUUCGAAUAAUUCGUUUUUGAGGCGCUAGCCGUCGAAAUUUUCAAAAUUGGCCAUUGGAUUUAAAAAGUGGUGUAAUUAUUUGAUUUUUGGUUUUUGUUCUCGAUAGCAAUGUAAAAUUCGAAAAAAAGAAAAGAAGAAGAAAAUAAAAUUAGGAAAAAAGUUAGUGGCUGACAUUUCUUUUUUCAUCAUUUGAAUGUAAUUAAUCUCUUGUCACUACACAUAAAACCGUCAGAUUUCAAGGAACUUGGAUAACGGUUAUUAGUUAUAUUAAUAAAAGAGCUAUUUGAAUUUGGUGCAGUAAAUUGAUUUUUGGAUUUUGUUCUCGGUAACAAUGUAAAAUUCGAAAAAAUAAUAAACAACGUAAAGAGAUAUAGCGCAGGGUCGGAGUAUUGAAAAGAAAAUAAGGAUCAAUAAAAAUACUGGAAUCAAGAGUUUCUCGUUAAUUUAAUUUAAUGAAAUGUAAAAGUUUUAAAAUAUUACUUAGGGCUACCUGGUAUCUAUGUAGAUUUAUUUAUUACGUAAAAACGUAUAGUGCAGGGUCAGAGUAUGGAAAAGAAAAUAAGGAUAAAUAAAAAUACUGGAAUGAAAAGUUUCUCGUUAAUUUAAUUUACUCAAAUGUAAAAGUUUUAAAAUAUUACUUAGGGCUACCUGGCAUCUACCUAGAUCUAUUCAUUACGUAAAAAAAUAUAGUGCAAGGUCGGAGUAUGGAAAAGAAAACAAGGAUAAAUAAAAAUACUGGAAUGAAAAGUUUCUCGUUAAUUUAAUUUACUCAAAUGUAAAAGUUUUAAAAUAUUACUUAGGGCUACCUGGUAUCUACCUAGAUCUAUUUAUUACGUAAAAAAAUAUAGUGCAAGGUCGGAGUAUGGAAAAGAAAACAAGGAUAAAUAAAAAUACUGGAAUGAAAAGUCUCUCGGUAAUUUAAUUUACUGAAAUGUAAAAGUUUUUAAAUAUUACUUAGGGCUACCUGGCAUCUACCUAGAU